UGGAAAAGCGAAACUCGAACGGGAAAUUCGUAGUGCAAACGAUGAUGGCAGAGUAUCAACGAUUUUCCACACAACUUGUAAGAUUCAGCCAGUCUAUCAAAAGUUUAUCGUUGGUUGAGUACUUCCGCCCCCACGGCAAGGCCCAGCUAUGUCAUGCCAGGAGGUGGAAAAAAAGCUGUGUUUCCGACACUAGCGCUACACGAUCACGGCGGCGGAAAUGCGAACUAUGACCAUCAGUCCGGACAUAGCCAUAACCACGCCUCUUGUGCCAAGAAAUUGGCGCACCAGUCUCGAAGCAAAUCUGAGAGCAAGGACAGUCCUGAGAAAGAGAGGUCCGAUAUUCCUCCUGACAAAAGCAAGAAUAAACAAAAAGCAGGGAAAUCUGAAAGCAAAGACAGCCCUGACAAGGAAAAGACUGAAACUCAAUCAGAUAAGCCGGAAAAGUCAGAGAAGUCCAAGAGCAGUAAACAACAGAAAGAACAAAACUCGAAACACUGAAGAUUGAAGUGGAGAAAAUCUUCCUUGAAGAAGAAUGAGAAUGCCAACAAUAUAUGACUGCAAUCGAUUCAAUUAAAAUAUCAAUUAUUUCUGCAUUUAAUGCUUGAUUACUAUAAGAAUAACAAUUGUAUUCUAAUUUCUAUCAACUACCUGAAUCAGAGGGAAAUGAGCAACUAGAUUGAUAGAAUAAUGGAGGUGAAUCUAAAGUUUAUAAGCUUAAAUACAGUUUAUAUAAACAUAAAGUUUAUAUGCAUACAUUCUGAUUACAUUGAUGUAGCCUAUCUCAUGAAUGUAAUGUUGGAAUAUUGGGGGUAAGGAAGGUAGGGGGUAAUACACAAACAUCUUCAGAAAUUGAAGAUGAUUACUGAAUCAUUGAAGAAAUUAGGAAUUAACAUUCAAAAAACAGUUUCAGUUUUAUGUAGAAAAAUAUUCUCACUCAGAAAUAAUCAGAAAUUGAUAAUGGCCAUAUUCUUAGAUAUUAAAAAUAUUCUCACUCAGAAAAAAUUAUAUAAACAUUGAUAAUGAUUAUAUUAUCUCAGAGAAUGGGAUAUUAUUACUGAAUUAUUGAAGAAAUUGGAAAUUAACUUAAAAAAAAACAGUUUCAAAUUUAUGUAAAAAUAUUCUCAAGAUAUUUUCACUCAGAAAUGAUCAAAGAAUGAUAAUGAUCAUAUUCAAGAUAUUAUAAAAACAUUGAUAAUGAUUAUAUUAUCUCAGAGAAUGGGAUAUUAUUACUGAAUUAUUGAAGAAAUUGGAAAUUAACUUUCAAAAAAACAGUUACAGUUUCAUGUAAAAAUAUUCUCACUCUUCUCACAAAUUAUAAAAACAUUGAUAAUGAUCAUAUUCUCUCCCAGUAGUUAUCAAAAAUUGAUUCAAUGAGCUCAUAAAAAAUAAAUUCUUUAAAUACUGUAGUAAGAAGUAUAGUGAAGGCCGAAUUUAAAAGGGACAUGUUAAUGCAAAAUGUUAAAUGGAGAAGGAUGGAAAUCUUAAACGUUGAUAGGAAGAAAUGUCAUAUAUUUCGAAGGAAAAGAAGAAGGAGUUAAGAUAAAAAAACAAAUGAAAAUAGAGAUUCUGACAAGGAAAAUUUUAGUUGACCAAUAAAAUAAUAUCCUGAAUCAUAAGGUAAGUUAUUGUUUACUAACAAUAAAUCAUCUCUAGUCAAAUAUGUGAAAAAUUCGAAUAUAAGUUCCCUGCUCAUUUUUUGAAGGAGAGGGAGAAGGAAUUGAGAUAAAAAAACAAAUGAAAAUAGAGUUUCUAACAAGAAAAAUUUUAGUUGACCAAUAAAAUAAUAGCGUAAAUUAUAAGGUGAGCUGCUUACUCACCAAGAAUUUAUCAUUUCUUGUCAAAUAUGUGGAAAAUUUAAAUAGGUAAACUGCUCAUUUUCCUCUGAUUCAUUGUAGCAAAUCACCUCUCUGAUAAUAUAUAGUGUAUAAAUUUAAAACUUGUUUCAUGUUUUCAACAUGAAUCUUCCUUCUAAGUGUACUCAAUGUUAACUUACUCAAAGCAUCCAACUGUAAAGCUUGUCAAUGUGAAGACGUAUCUAAAUGUGUUUUCAAAUAAUCUGUGUUUAAUAAUAAUAUUCAGUGUCAGUUUAUUACAAGUCCUUGCAGUCAAUAUGUCAAUGUCAAUGUAUACCAAGAUUAAUAAUGCUCAGCUGUAUUGUGGAAAGCCCUCUCUAAAGCUUUAAAGACAUCUUGAUAAUUAAUUGUUUGCGUAAGUUUCUAUGAUGUAUGAACAAUGGUCGCAUCACUAUACAAUUUCCAUAAUAUUUAUGUAUAUACAAGUAUGUACUUCUUGAAAAAUAACGUCAAUACUGUAAUAAAUAAUGUAAUCAUUGUCUCAUUCAGCGUUAUAAUACCUACAAAAACUGAUUUCGUUUAUCUAUCAAUAAUACUCAUAAUUAAAUAUUGUUGUAAUACAUUGAACGCUUUUCAUGUGAUCGUAUAUGUAUGUAGUCAAUUUUCCAAAACUAAUAGAUAUUCCAAUUACUUUAUUCUUAUAUAUUGGAUGUAUAUUUUGUCAAUUGUUGUGAUCUUAGAACAGAAUAUUUUUUACAAUCUGUUACAGUAAUCUUAGUACAGCAAAAUAUCUACACGAGUAAUCAGCAUUUUAAUGUUAGUUGAUUUCCGCAUGAUAUUUAUUUUUCUGCUAAAACUAACUCCAAAGGAUAUUCGAUGUAUUUUCGUGGAUAAAAUUUAUUCGAAAAUUAUUCAUAACAACAGUAUCCAGUCAUUAUAAUAUUGGCCUAAAUGGAAUUGUGUAUGUGAUAUAGAUUUCAAUCCAUAUUGUUUACUACCAGAUAGUCUAUUGUAAUAUUGUCAUUAAUGUGAACGAAGAGUUGAAGGAUAAAUUAUGAAGGAAAAAAGAUGUAAUCUGUUAAAUAAAUGGAAUUGUAAAACAGUAUUAUUAGGACAUUAUCGAGAAAUGAUAGAGUUUAAGGUGAGACACAGAAAAAAUAUUAAUUAGAGAGAACAAAAUAAGGUUUCUCUUCUCCUAUCUAAAAAGAGCGAAAUUUAUCUAUAUCAGAUAAUAUUUUAUCUAUUGAUUUCGGAUUGAAUUGGCGAGAAAUAUUGGUAAACCUCAAGGCUUCAAUGCAUUUAAAAUAUUGAUUUCAGAACUAUAGGUAAACUGAAGGAUACACGCAUUUAUGAUUCCAGAUAAAAGUAAAAUGAAGUACCUAGCUCUGUUUAUCUUGAGUACCGUAGGCCUAUAAUAACAUACAAUAAAUGUAUUUCAAUGAUACAUUCAGUAACUAACUAUGAGUAGGCCCCUAUCUACCCUAAUGUGAAUAAAAUUUAUCUGAUAGAUAUGUUGUUAAAUAUAUUAUAUUUCAAUUCCUUUACAGACUUUACACGUUGAGCGUUUUGAGGCACAUCCGUGACCGUGACCCUCAUGUUCCCAAACCAAUGAGUUGCAUUAUUUUACUGACAAGAGAAUAGUUAUAAAUAUACUAACAUUAUUCCUUUGUGAACAUUCCAUUCAUAUAGAAUAUAAAUAUUCCUCAAUUAAUUAUAUCCAAUGAUAAUUUGACCCUCAAAACCUGAAAUGCAUACAAACCAAGAGCGUCAUAGAAUACCUGAAAGUUUGGACCUUCUAUCCAAUAAUUAGAAGGUUAUAUCAAAUAGAAACAAUUUUUCAGGUAUAAAAUAUUCAUUGAAUUGAAUGCAACUAAACAAAAAACUUAAAUAGAACCAAAAAACAUGGUAAAUUGUAAUACCGGUACUGGAAAUAUUGAGUUCAUAACCACUAAUUUACACAUGAUGCUUUAUCAUGAAACAUUAAAGGCACAUUUCUCACCGACCUCUCAUGACCUCCUAAUGCAACAUAUUUUAUUGAAUUUAAGUAUAGGUACUGAAAAUUCACUAAAAUCCUUUAAAAAAGCCUCUACCAAACAGACUAGAACAUCAUUGAAAAAUAAUAUAAACAUAACCUCAAAUAGAUCUGUCUGUUUAAUAUGGUGACUUGAUCGCUCAACGUUAUAAUUCUUGUUCCACCAUUCUUCCUCAUAGGCCCGGUUAAAUUUAAACAGUAAUUAAUUUCAUAGGAACUAAUCAGAGAAGGCCUUUUUGAUAGGACGGCAUCUCUGAUUGGUUCUUGUGGAAUCAAUCACGGUUGAAAUUUAACAGACUUUUGUGCAAGCGGCCCCUAGUGUAUUAUAUUUUUCCAAGGAAGAAACAAGAAAUAUGGAAAAAAGAUUGUUCAAAUAGCAUCAAUGAUAUGAUUGAAUUAUUAUAAAAAUGUAACUAUAAUAAAAUGCGGUAUUCUGUAAAAUCCAGCUAAAUGAAAAUGUAAAGGAUCAUAUUCAGACUAAUUCAUAGCAACUUCAAAAUAACUUAGAUUCCAUUAAUAACUGAAUAAAGAUUAAAACAGUUUCAAUUUUGAGCUCAUCAUUGAAGAAACUGAUAGGACUUAUAAAUCCUUCCAUUAAACAGAUAAUUCCUUAUGAAUUAUACAUACCGGUACACUGGUGGUAAUAAAAUUAUAUAAUUAUUAUAGAAUGUACGUUAUUCAUUGAUGACACCCAUAUUCAAUCAAUUGAGAGGACUGACAUAACUCCAUGAAAAGAUGAGACUAAGUUUCUUUUAAUUGAAUUUUAAAAAAUAAUAUUAAUCACAACAAUCAGUAUUAUUUUUGAGAUCCCAUUAACUUGAUUAAAUCUCCAAGAUCAUAUAAUCACAACAAAAUCAUAUUCAGUAGAAAUUUGUGACAAACUAAUCAACUAAAAAUUAUACUUAGAAUGUAUAAUUAGGGGAGAGCAGUAAAAUCGUAGACGGUUGUAUUUUUUACUGAAAAUGUAUUUAUGUUAGAGAACUGUUGUGUAAUCGAACAAAAUUAUUAUAAAACAUUUAGAAGACCGAUCUAGUCGAAAAAUGUAACAUUUCUAUAUUCAAUAGACUAGACGGUACAGUACAUGAAUAUGGUAUGUAGCACAUAUUAUGUAUUUGCUUCGAAAAUAUAUGCACAUAGUUGA